UGUCGCCCCAGUCAGUUGCAGUUGUGGCUUCCAAGUGGCCGCAUCAUGGAAAAGACUAAAGUGGAAAACCCAAUGGAUAUCUACCACGAUUCAGUGAUCUUUAUAACAGGAGCCACGGGCUUUGUGGGCAAGACACUGCUGGAGAAGCUGCUCUGGAGUUUUCCACAAAUCAAGCGGAUCUACAUGCUGAUCCGACCCAAGGGCGGUGUCAGCGUCAAGCAAAGGUUCCAGGAGUUUCUGCAGAAUCGAAUCUUCGAGCGACUGCGAGCCGAACAUCCGGAGCGACUGAAGAAAAUCUUUCAUUUCGCUGGCAACAUUGAGGACGACAAUUUUGGUUUGUCAGAGGCGGACAGAGUCAGGUUGUGCGGCGAGGUGAACAUUAUCUUCCACAGUGCGGCAACGGUGCGCUUCAAUGAGUGCCUCAAGGUGGCAGCGCGUGUCAACUCCCAGGCGACAUACAAUUUGCUGGAACUCUGCAGAGAAAUGACUCAAUUGAGGAGCUUUUUGUAUGUUUCCACGGCCUACUGCAAUCCGGGACGCAAAUAUGUGGACGAGGAAGUGUAUCCCACAUUGCCGCCAGUGGACUGGCGUCAGUUUCUCACCUGCACUAAGAAAAUACCCGAAGACUAUCUCAAUCAGCUGUCGGACUACAUCAAGGGACCGCAUGUCAACACCUACACAUUCACCAAGUCCAUAGCCGAGCAGAUUGUCAACGCGUACAAGGAUGUGAUUCCCAUUGUGAUUGUGAGACCCUCGAUUGUGACGGCCGCCUACCGGGAGCCAUAUCCCGGCUGGAUCGACAACAUACAGGCCAUCAGUGGCAUCAUGAUGGAGAUUGGCAAGGGCGGCAUCAGCAGCAUAUUGGGCGACAAGGAUAUGAUAUGCGACAUCAUACCAGUGGACUUUGUGGUUAAUGCGAUGAUUAUGAUGAUUAACAAGGCAAAGUUGGGCAGUUUAAGCAUUUGCAAUGCCACAUCGGGUGUGACAAAUCCCAUCACUUGGCAGCAUUUGGGGGAGCUAACCAUGAAGUGGUCGAGGAUCUAUCCCACCAAACGUAUGAUAAUGUUCCCAAACUUCAAGUAUCGCCGCAGUGCCUGCCAACAUGAGUUGGCCGUGUGGAUGCUGCACUUUGUGCCCGCCCUGCUAAUGGAUCUGCGCACACUGCUGCUGUCCCAAAAGAAGCGAAUGGUCACGCCCAUAGCCAGGAAGUUUCGACAGGCAUGUCUGGCAGGCAGUUUCUUUUCGCUGAAUGAAUGGAUCUUCAAGAACAAAAGUCGUUAUUAUUUCAGAGAACAGAUUGAGAAUGGCACUUUUCCCAUGCUCUACUGGAACCUGGAAGAUCUCGACUACGAUGAAUACGUGCGGCGUCACAUGAUUGGCAUUAACAAAUAUUUGCAUCGGGAAAACUUUACUGUGGACUCCAAUAAGCUUAUGGUAACAAAGGUCUAUUGGGUCUGGAUAUUUCUUCAUUUGUGCUUUUACUUGUUGCUUAUCUACGUCAUAUUUUAGUCAGAAAUAAGUGUGUAAUUUAAGAGUUUUAUGUUUGUAAUUACU